UCCUAAAUACGAAUGACUGUCCACGUGUAUGUAAACAGUUAGAAUGAAACUACUAAGAGGUGAAAUGAAACAAAUCUGACCAGUACUUACACAAGGCUAAAAGUAAUUCUGACGUCGCAUUAGCUAGCUGACGUUAACUAGCAAAUAUACAUUCAUUAGAAUGUGUUUAGAAUGCUAGCCAAAUCAAAAACAGCAACCUAGCUGCUGGGGCCCACUAAUUUUAAGGUUACACAUUUGCUGUACGGAUUUGGUAAAGCUACAUUAGAUAGCCCAUUACCUUGGGCAGUUCAGCGUGACGUUUGCGAAAAAACAGUCCACUGACUACCAAUAAGAAAAAUUUUUAGACCAUAAGAACGCUCUUCUAACCAAUGAGAACGCUGUCUGUAACACAGCUGUUGCGCCACGUUUCCUGAGAGCGGCGGUCGACUACUCCAACUGGCGGGAGAUUUUAUUUGAAAACCCUACUGCUUGGGACGAGUAAGUCUUGACAAAGAUAUGGAACCGAAUGAAACGUCAAGUGAUUAAAUGUUAUUACUUUAACCUAGUUAUAAGGUUAGUAAGGAACUCUCGCAGUUAGCUGGCUAUUUUCGACGGAAUAGUCUGCUAGUAAUAAUAGUAGCUGUAGUAGCCAGGUUAGCAAUUUCGGCACUCAAUAGUCAAGUAACAGGUACUUCUUAAGUAAGUGAACAGUGGCAUGGUAGCUGCAGUAGUCUAUCGCAAUCGUCGGUGAAUGUUUAAGUUCGACGACGCGUGUAAUUAUUUUAGGCUUUCCGGUAGGUAGUCACUAACGUUAGAUCGCAAUCAACUUUCCAUAGAGGUCGACAUGAGGGCUGUCGUGGAGCGCCUCGUUUUUCUGUCUGGGGGAGAGGACCGCAGAGAGCUGCAGAAUUACGUCUCCUCCUUGCCAGAGGACGAGCUGACAGCACUCAUCACACACAGUGCCAUAAAGGGAAAGGAUGUCGGGGCUGUGAUCAAAGCCAUACUAAAAGGUUCCCCACCCACUACACCAGAGGGCGUGGCUUGCAGAGUGCUCCUGUACAAGCACUGUAUCCCACUCUGCGAAUCUGGAGACCUGCAACCGGAGGUGGCCUCUGACAUAAUCGGCUUGCUUAUGAUGGAGACUCACGCGCUGCCUGGGCCCGCUCUGGCACAGUUAGCCUCUGUGUUUGUGGAAGCCAUCAAAGCGGGGUCCAUGGGCAGCGGGAAAUCUCUGGAGCUGUUUCCCACCGUUCUCACAGCCCUGUCUGCAACAGAGAAGCUGGCAUAUGCCAAAGGAGAACUAAGCGGGGAUGAAUACAGGAAACAGUUAAUCAACAGUCUGUGCUCCUGCAGGUGGGACCCUCAGUGCGUGACCCAUCUCACUUCUAUGUUCAGGGAUGUGCCUCUGUCCAAGGAGGAGCUGCAGUUUGUGGUGGAAAAAGUUCUAAGGAUGUGCAACAAACUAGACCUGCAGGAAAUCCCUCCCCUGGCCUAUCAGCUCCUUCUCCUGACAGCCAAGGGUUGUAAGAAGCUGGUGCUGGACGGUCUUGUGAAUUUCUUUAAUGAACAGGACCAGCGAGUGUCUGAAGAAGCAAAGCACAGCGAUGGUCUGGAUGUCGAGGUGCAGUCCGUGCCUCAGGACCAGCUGCGGCAUGUAGAGGGAACGACCAUCUUGCACGUGGUAUUCGCUGUGCGACUGGACCACGAACUGGGCAAAGAGCUACUCAAGAGCGUCAAGGCGGGGCAGGGUGAGUUGGGUGGGGGCUUAUGUCCCUUUAGUAUUGCCCUCCUGCUGUCUGUGGCCCGGAUUCAACGCUAUGAGGAGCAGGUGUUUGAGCUCCUGAAAGCUGCAGUGAUGAGGAGUCUGAAGGAUGAGCAGGUGCAGUCCGGCUCCAUGUUCGUGCAGGGCCUAUUCCCACAGAGCCGGGGAGUCACACACAUGAUCCUGGACACCGUCAGGAACAGCGUGUUCGGCUGGGACCACGUCACACAGGGUCUGGUGCAGCUGGGGUUCAUUCUCAUGGACUCCUUCGGACCCAAGCCAGGGCCUUUCGGCAAGACCUCCGAGGGCCAGACGGGCGUGGCCAAGACCCCUGCCCAGCAGGCGUGCCAGCUGGGAAGACUCAUUCUCCUGGAGAGCUUCAAGUUGCACGAGCCAAUCAGAAUCGAGAUUCUGGAGCAAGUCCUGACCAGACUAGUGACAAAGAUGGCCUGUCCUGUGUCCCAUUUCAUAGACCUGUUCUCAGACAUCGCUGUGUCAGCUCCCAUGAUCCUCCUGGAGUCAUCCUCCAAGGUGAUGGAGACCUUUGACCAUUUGCCGUACCUGCCCCUCUGCACAGUGGAGGGUCUGCUACAGGCUGUGCAGCCCUUGCUGAGAGUCAGUGUGUCCCUGAGGGACGCCUUGAUCCUGGUGCUGAGAAAGGCCGUGUUCUCCAGUCAGCUGGAUGGACGCAAAGCCGCAGUGGCUGGAUUCCUGCUGCUGCUCAAGAACUUCAAAGUCCUGGGAAGUGUGGCCUGCAGCCAAGCCAGCCAGACGGUGUCAGCCAGCCAGGUGCAGGUGGAUGUCCAUUCGCGGUAUAACUCCGCUGCCAAUGAGUCUCUGUGCCUGGAGAUCCUGGGCAGCCUGCGGCGCAGUCUGGGACAGCAAGCUGACGUGAGAGGCCUGCUCUACCAGGGUUUCCACGGUGUCCUUUGCCGCAACUCCCAGCUGGCCAGCUCCAUUCUGCAGACUCUGCUCUCACAGCUGAGACGGUACUACGAGCCAGAGCAGGACCUGUUGCCGCCGGUGAAGCUGGAGAGGUGCAUCAGCGCUCAGGGAGAGAGCGUCUUCCUGCAGGAGCCCCUGGCCCGGCUGCUGAGCUGCACGGUGCACUGCUCGCUGUGGUACCAGGACCUGCAGCAGCGUGCGCGGUCUGCCACUGACGGAAACGAGGAUGAGGAGGAGGGCGGGGUCCAGGAGGAGCUGCAGGAUGUUCUCGACAGCAUCACCAGGCGCAUGAUGAAGAGCGAGCUGGAAGACUUUGAGCUGGACAAAUCUGCUGACUUCUCAUCCUCCAGUGUUGGGGUGAAGAACAACAUCUACGCUGGGCUGGUGCUGGGGGUGUAUGAAGUUCUGAUUGAGUACAACUUCAUUAAAGCCAACUACAGUAAGAACUGCUUUGAGGACGUGCUUCAGCUCUUCUCCCGCUGGCACAAGCUGUCUGACAUCCUGAAGGAGAAGUCCAGCAAGAGCAAGUCUCCCUGCAGCCAGACAGGCAGCCUGCUCUCUCUGGGCUGCGUGUCCACACUGCUCACCGCCCUUUUCAGAGACGGCACGCUGAGCCGAGAGGAGAGCCUGUGUGUGCUGCGCUCCAGCGCAGAGUUCCAGCGCUACGCCGUCAGUGUGGCCGUGCAGAAAAUCCAGCAGCUGCAGGAGACGGGAAGCAAGGACAGCGCAGAGAGGGAGAGCACUGACCGCACCUUCCGCCACCUCUGUGACAUCACCAGUGCUCUGAUGUGGAGGUACAGCAGGAUCCCGGCUGCUCUGGAGGAGGCGGGUCAGGGGGCCUAUCGGAGCACCUCUCUGCUGUGCUUGGAUGGCCUGCUGAAGGUGUUCAGCUUCGUGCUGCAGCGACACCCUGCCCGCACCAAGCACUUCCUGUGCGCUGUCGAUGUCUCUGAGGAAGAGGAGCAAGACGUAGCGGGCUCCAGUGUGAUGAAGAACAUCGCUUUCUACAUCCGCCAGUUCCAGAGGGCUCUGGUGUCCCAGCUCAGCGGAGCCGAAGACGACUUCAACAGCAAGGAGGCCCAGCUACUGCUCAGCAUCCUGGGAGUGCUCACUGGCCAACUGGAGCCCUCAUCAGCACAGUUUGUUCAGAUGAUCACCUGGACUGUUAAAAUCAGCAAGGAGACCGGUUUGGAGGACGUGGCUUUCUGUAAGGCACUGCUGUCUCUGCUGUUCCGGCUGCAUGCUCUGUAUAAGAGCCCCGUGACUGUGCUGUGGGAGCUCUGCCAGGACAUCCACGGAGAGCUGGGGGACAUUGAUCAGGAUGUGGAAGUGGAGAAGCAGUCUCACUUCGCCAUAGUGAACCUGAAGACUGCCCCGCCCACUGCGAUCCUGGUUCUGACGCAAGUGGGUCGGAUCCUGGACGAGGUCGACUGGCUGAUCGCUAAGAAGAAGGGGCAGCUGGGAACGGAGCAAGGGAACUCGGAGGGGGCCACACAGGUGGGGGCGCAGCAGGACCCCGUGGAGAAGGCGGUGACGUUGCAGAUGGGGACGCUGCUGACCGCGCUGAACGAGCUGGUUCAGACCGCCCUGCCCCCCGGACCCUGCACCAUCACCCUGCUGAGGACGCUGGGCCACACCUACACCAUCCUCACCACCCUCAUCAAAUACUACAUCCAGCGCUCCUCCACCCAGGCUGCCGGCCUUCCUUCCCGGAUCGAGAAACUGGUGAAGCUGUCUGGGUCCCACCUCACGCCACAGUGCUACUCCUUCAUCACCUACGUACAGAGCGAGGACCCGACUGCAGGCGGAGAGAAGAAGAAAAAGAAGAAGGAAGAAGGAGUGGCUGCUGCUUCGGCUAAAGUUCUUCGUGAGUCCAGGGCCAUUCCCAGCUUGAUCUUCAGUAUUGAACAGUACGAGAAAUUUCUCAUCGUCCUCUCUAAGAAGUCCAAGGUAAAACUCAUGCAGUACAUGAAGCUCAGCACUUCCAGAGACUUUCGCAUCAACGGCACAACGCUGGAGGCUGUGCUACAGGAACAGACUGCAGUCUCUCAGGAGUCUGAAGAGAGCCAGAGGCCUCAGAAAAAGAGAAGGAAGCAGUGAGUGCUGUCCAGCCCUGCUCGGCCUACGCUGAUUGGCUGCUCCAUCAUUCCGCCUCUCACAGUGGACGUUGGUUGGCUGCUUCGUUACUAGGCCUUGCACAUCGGAACUCUGAUUGGCUACCGUUUUUUUUCGUAAAUCGGUUAGUUUUUUUGUGUCCCUCUGGCCAGAGAACCCUGAGUGAUCUUAAUGAUCUGAUAAAUGUCCAGAGCCUCACCUGUAAAAGAGUAAGAUGUUACCAAUGUCAAACACUGAUAAAAUAUUCAUACCUGAAUAUUAGAGUGAAUGAAAUAGGAACAGUGUGUUAAAAUUGUCUCUCAAGGUUUUGUUAUGAUUUAAAAGCUAAAGUAUUAAAGUUUGCCCUUCUAUGCACCAUA